AUGACAACCCUCGGCCGCUUUUCAACCACCUUGAUCCAGAUCGGCAUUGUAUGUGUCUCCUUCUGCCUGCUCAACUCCACACGAGGCAUUAUCUGCUUCACGGUCACUUUCGCUGGAACCAUGGCCGCUGCCUUGAGGUGUCUGCAACGCCAGCUUGGAGGCUUCCUUGAGUUCUUCGUCCGUGCCAUCCACCACUUACUCCUCGAGCUGCAGUUGUUGCCUCGGUAUCUAGCCGCAGCCGGAAUCCAUCUCUGUGGACACAUGAUUUCAGAGGCUGUACGCUAUCUUUGGAAAUUGGGCGAGGUCAUCUACUUCUGUUUCAUGCUCUUGGUUGUCGUGACUUACUCGAUAUUGACUGCUUGGUUGGCGAGACAGUUGGGAGUUCAGAGCCUUUGGCAGCAGCUUGCCUAUCCCUUGAAGAUUUUGGUCACCUUCUUCGAGAGAUUGAGUGCGAACAUCCGGGAGACGUUUGUACGACUCGAAGAUGAGAAGGAAUUCUUCGAUUUCAUAGCACCUCCCCAAGGAUUCUCGAGGCGGUUUCCCACGCACGCUAAAUUCAAAGAAUGGGUCCUGAAGGCAGGGGCUGAUAAGGCUGGCUCCGAUUUCAACGUCCUAUGCACCGUGUUCGACGGGGUCCAGCUCACCGCGGACGAUCAGAGGCUGUGCGGCCAGAUGCAGCUAUACCUCCACUCCAUCAACCUGGCGCCCGUGCUCGCAAUGAUUACUUUCAACGACAUGAAGAGACUCGCCUGGUGUACCACGAUCAGUACCGUCCAAGUCCCUCAGCUUUCAUCACAGUGGAGACCGACGACAGUGACCACCUGUGAAGCGAUCAACUACGGCAUUCUGGUGACUUGGGCUAUUUAG